AAAAUGAUUGAUAAUGAUUAAAAAUGAUUGAUCUUUCACGGAGCAAUCGACACGACAUUGUUGUUACCAGAUUGUUGCUACGUAACAAUCGGUUUCGGAUAAAACGUUUUCUCGAAAUCAUUGCGAUAGACAGCUAUGACUUGCGUUCUGCGCUUUCGGUCAUGUACAAGGUGUUCCAUAAUACCCGGCACCCUGUCCGCUGAAAAACAGCUGAUCGGGUCUAUCAGCGAAAGACUAAGAGAAUGAUUCGUAAAGAACGAUACGUACACGGUUAUUGGUCGUCGAACGAUUUUCGAUGUACAAGCGCCGGUCGUACAGUCAGCCGGUGUCGAGAGAAAAACGUUGAACCGAAGGUAGGACGGGUUGGUUUCUUUUUGUCGGUAGGCGCCACCGCUUCCGGCCCGGCAGACGCGAAUACAGAAGCCGAGGGAGCAAGAUUAAAGUGAGAGUUUACGACGGUGAACUCGUGUUGCUCUUCUUAAAGCUCGAUGUUUCACCGAUGCUACGUAGGUCGAUGGCGAUAAGUGCAGACAGGAGAGUUUCAUUUUAAUGUAAAUCGAGUCCUUCCAUCGGAUAGAAAAUUGUAGGGGGUGGAAUUCGAACAAUGGCGAUCUGCUCUGUGCCUAGCCCGGGCGGUGUCGGCGACAACGGUGUCCAAGGAGUACGCGGCAAAGGCCUGCCGCACGUGAUCUACUGUCGUCUUUGGCGUUGGCCGGAUUUGCAGUCGCACCACGAGCUGAGAGCAAUCGAGCAUUGCGAGUACGCGUUCACGCAGAAGCGGGACGAAGUCUGCGUGAAUCCGUACCACUAUCAACGAAUACAAACGCCAGUUUUGCCAGCUAUCCUCGUACCACGGCACAGUUUAGCCGGGGACGAGUCCGUCCUUUACAACACCUCCCUCGAGGAGCUGAGCGUCAGCGUGCCGGAGAACACCAACUUCCACGCUACCUUGAAUCAUCAGCACCAUAAUCAGCAGAGUAUACCGCAAUCGCCGCAGCAACAGCAACAACCGCAGCAGCAGCAACAGCAGCAACAGCAACCGACGAACAAUCCCUAUCAAGGAAUGCAAGGUAUGCAGGCAACGAGUCCGGCCAGUGUCGGUAGUUUAGGAAGCGUUCAGGGUUCGCCGCAUCCGGCGCCCGGAUCCAUGGAUCCUCCUGCCGAUACUCCUCCUCCAGGCUACAUAAGCGAAGAUGGCGAUAACAUGGAUCACAACGACAAUAUGUCUCUGUCACGUUUGUCUCCCAGCCCCGUAGACGCACAACCAGUUAUGUACUGCGAGCCAGCUUUCUGGUGUUCGAUAAGUUACUACGAACUGAAUACGAGAGUGGGCGAAACGUUCCACGCGUCCCAGCCCAGCAUCACGGUAGAUGGAUUCACCGAUCCAAGUAACUCCGAACGCUUUUGUCUGGGAUUACUGUCGAACGUGAACCGUAACACUGUAGUCGAACAGACGAGACGACAUAUCGGUAAAGGAGCCAGACUGUACUACAUCGGCGGAGAAGUGUUCGCAGAGUGUUUGUCUGAUUCGAGCAUCUUUGUUCAAAGUCCUAAUUGCAAUCAACGCUACGGUUGGCAUCCGGCUACCGUUUGUAAAAUACCACCCGGCUGCAACUUGAAGAUAUUUAACAACCAGGAAUUCGCUGCUUUGUUGUCGCAGUCGGUUUCCCAAGGGUUCGAGGCGGUGUACCAACUGACUCGUAUGUGCACGAUUAGAAUGAGUUUCGUGAAAGGUUGGGGAGCGGCGUAUCGCAGGCAGACCGUGACAUCGACUCCCUGUUGGAUCGAAUUGCAUUUAAACGGUCCUUUGCAAUGGCUCGAUAGGGUACUCACGCAGAUGGGCUCACCGCGUUUACCCUGUUCUUCGAUGUCAUAAGAUCGUAUGCCUUUCUCCUUCGUGGAUGCGGGGAAAAAAGAUGAACACGGAAAGAAGAAGAGCUAUUCGCACGCUGUUGUUGUCAUCGUCGAUUGGUUUCCCUUAUCGCGAGUUCACACUUUCGUUCGAAUCUUCUGCAAUAAUCAGCAAGUGACAAACAGUGCAAAAGAAAGAAAAAAAAUAUAGAAAGAGGUACGAUCAUUGUUCUCGCGAAGCGGUGUUAUCUGCUCGCUUUGAUAGUGUACUAGCGAGAGCUUGGUGUUCGGAAGUGUUCGAAGGAGAGAUAUUCGAAAUGGACACAAAAGGACGCAGCGAUCGAUCGGUUGUGGAAAAGCUCAAAUUGUGCUGAGAAAUCGCCGAUGCUACAUCGACGUUUCCUCCGCGUUCAGAGGAAAAGGACGAUGCACCGGAAAAUGGGACGGAGCUACAGUUUACAGUUUCAACGAGCACGGAAAACCUAUACUUCGGGUAAAUCGGGACGCAUGGAAUUCGAGUGUAUCGAGUAACGAAACAGGUAGACAUUUGUCGGCACAUGUUACACGACGGUUAGCGUUUACGAUCCAGGGUUACGAAUACGAUUUUAACCGAAUUAAGAACGGGCGAAGGAUUUCGCGUGUUUCUGUGUGUAUAUGCAUUCGAGUACGUAUACAUGUACAUACGUGGUACGCGGGCAAGAAAAGUACGCUCAGCCUUUGCAUAUUUUUAUCGCUUGUUAAACGAACGCACUCCAAUCGCAUAGGGCGUUAAGAAAGUAAUGCUCCUGGCUUUUACAAAUAUGAUUCUAUGUGAACCACGGUUAUUACUCUCUUAACACCCUGUACAUAAAGUAUACGUCAGCUUUUACAAAUACGAAUAAUAUUAUGUACGUUCACUUUAUAGUAUGCCAAGAAGAAUUUCUUAUAAGACGGGGCAAACGGGUGCGUCUAUUGUGCCCUAAGCAAAGUUUCUACUAGCGCUGGUCUAUUCGGAGUUUCUGUUGGUGUUUUUCUUUUUCCUACGAGUCAGACCGACGAAAAGGAGAAAUACGUAAAAUACACUGUGUGUUUCGCUCGUACUUUAAACGGUAAGAUUGAAUUAUACGGUGUUCAAUAUGUACCUAACUGUUCACGCGUUUCGUUCACAUUGUUACAGUCUCGAAUGGACCAGAAAUGUUUGAAUAUCUUUACGGACGAUCGCAUCAGGUACCGAUAGUUACAUGUUUCUCUGUGUAUUUUGGAAGUUUAAAGAGUGAUUAGUAACACACGGAUCAUUCAUUCAUUAAUCUAAAUAUCGACGAGAAGAGUAUUGGAAGUUGGGGGGAAAAAAUAAUUGAAAAUGUUAACUACGUAUUAAGGUGUCUUAUCUCGAAUAAUUGAUAUUCUUCUUAAGAAAUAAGCGCUAUGUUUCUAAACGUUGAUAGAAGUACUAAGGGAGCACCGACUUUGUCGUAGACAGAAGUAACUAUUUACUUGAUAUGUCGCAUGAGAGAACAAAUUCGAUUAACUACCUUAUCAACGGGACCAGUUAACACGAGGAUGUAAAAACACAUAGAGAGGAGUGGCAAUUUUAUUUCUUUUUAAUAGAUAAAAUAUUUGAAACAAGUAAUAAUGCAAAAUAAUGACCGAGGUCGUAGCAAGGUAAAUGUCGUCCGUCGAUAAGGUGUUAAUUAGUCGAGUAUCGAGAAAAAUUUCUGCGGCCCAUAGAAAACGUUAAAAUGCACAUUUUCGUGUCGAUGUUCGUCGUAGCGAACCACACUCGUUAGAUGAGAAUCUGGGCUCGUUUCAUGCUAGAAGAAUAUGGUUUCGCAUUUAAAAAGAAAUGAAGAAAAAUGAUCGAUUCGAUUCAAUGUGUGAUCUUAUAGGAUUUUGUACAAAGAUAAAGAAAUUUGAUCGUAGAAGAGGAAUGCAAAAGAGAGAAUACACAGCGGGGUCUGGACUUAAAUGUGAGAUGUUUUUUUUUAGAUACAUCAAAUAUUGGUUUUGAUAUUUGAAAUUAUUUGACAAAUUGUUUCAGAAUCGAGCGUAUUAAAAUGUUUCUACUUUAUUGCAGAUUUUAUAUGAUACUUCGUAUUCGAGACUAUACCGAAAACAAAAGGAUUAUCGCAGUUUUUAAAAACUGAAACGUCUUUCACGUAGAACAUAUGAGAGAAAAGAAACGAGAUAACAAAGUUACGUAUUUUAUUAUAUUAUGAGGUAUAUAUAUAAAUGUUAGUAUCGAGGGACGAACAGUCUUUGCACCAAGUGCAUGGAUUCAGUUAUCUUUUUCUCUUCUUCUUCAUUUUUUUUUCUUUUUUUAAAUUUUUAACGCUAUCAUAAAUGACUUCUAUGGAGUCUUCUUACGUAGGAUGGGGGCCAAUCACACACACAGAGCGCGAGAUUUGAUCUCGAUUAAAAAACGUAAAACGUUUCAAAGGAUCAGGUUCCUCUUAAUCUUUUUUUUUUUGCUUUCAACAGUUUGUAAUUAGUGCUUUUUGUUUAUUGGAAGUAUACGAUACAAACUGAUGAACGUGGAUCGAUUUAGUUGUAAUUACGUACUUGUAGAUUCGAUAUGAAUUAGAACGAUUAAAAGAAAAGAAAGGAUUGAGUGUGUAAGACAUUUUUUUUACACCAUUUUCGAAGAAAGGGGCAAAUUAUAGUUCAUCGUUUUUCUUUUUUAAGAUUGCAGAUGUACCCAUUUUUUUUACCGAGAUGAUGAUGAUGAUAAUUCAUAAACUUGCCAGGCCAUCGACCUUUACCAAAUCGAAAUCAAUAGAAACACAGUUAAUUUCGCGAUAUCUACUCUGGGGAUUGACGAAGGGACGACAUAUUCGAACAAUAGCUAUGGAACGAUAUGCUGUAGAAGAAAACACGAGAUUCAGAGUAAACUCAAUACCUAUAUUGAUUCUCGUAUAGUGUUAUAAUUGCGUAGCCUAGGAACGCAUUUGUCUUUCACGAGAACAUCUUUUCUUUUUUUUCAUUUUACGAACAAACAUGUAUUUCGACGUUGCGUUCACGAUAAUUACACAGGUCGUUUAAAGAAAAGAUGUUUUACAUCGUGAAAACAAUGAAAUCUUCUACGUAUCUCGUAAAAGCGAAACGCGAUAUCGUCGGGCAGCUCGAAUAUAAUUGAAGAAACGAAUACAUAAAUGUGAAAAAGUAAAUUUUCUUUUCUCGUGUUAAUGAGAUACGUUUCUUCCUUGGAUUCGUGUGUGUUGGUCCUGUCUCGCACAAGAUAAAAUAAUAAUUACCGAACGAAACGCACGUGAAUCGUGUACCGUUUGAUUGUCGAACGAUUUGACAAUCACUUGCCUCCCUGCCAGACUGCCACUAGCGUAUUAAAUGUAAGGAAAAUACGAACAACAGAGGGGGAAUACGAAGAAACUUGCUUUGCCGGUUUUCUUCGUUAUCCUCGGCUCUCCUCUCCUAUUCGUUCGUUUCGCGUUAGCGUAAGAUCAAAAAACAAAACACAAUUUGUCCAUUUUUUACAAUCGGCGAAGAGAAGAGACAGAUAGACCCAUUGAGAGAUGCAUUUAAUUUGCCAAAGUAUGUUAAGCGUAGCGAUUGCCAAAGUUUCUUUUAAGUACAACACGAAUAUUCGAGUCGAUUAGUCGUGGUAGGAGUUGCUGCUAUACACACAAAAAGAAAAAAAAAAAAUGAUUGUUACAGUUAUCUGGACAAUUCGCUAAACCGUUACCAAACUGUUAAAUAAUCGUCGUUAACGUUUCUCUCCUCAGUUUUAUUCUACGUUACGUUUUAAGUUCUCUUGACCUAUCGAAGGAUCGAGCGGUCCGACGAUCGUGAAAUUGUUAAUUCUAUAACUACCCUUUAUAUUUGUAUAUUUUCUGUGCGAGUACUGCAUGCACACAAAGGGAAGGAUCGACUAAAAAGAAGGAAAAGAAUAAACGUUUAGAAAUCCAAUAUUUUUUUACACACUAAGGAACAUUCUUUUACGUACGAUGAUACAUAUUCGAUAACGGUUCAUCUCGUCGAUGUUUCCCUGUGGUGUGGAUCAGAUCGUUUUAAUAAAAAUGAAAAUUUGCCAGACUAAGCGUCGAGAGGUUUUGUGAAAGAACGAAUGUGGAUUGAAUAUAUUAGACGAGACGUUGCGACAAGAAAUAUCGAGUGUGAGACUGUAUAAUAGUUAUAAAUAAAUGUACACGUUAAGUCUAA